GUGUGUGUGUGGGGAGGGAGUUUCUGAUUUCUGGACAGAGCUCUUCUCAUAGUGAUGAGUGACUCAGAAGAGGUCAAGAAGGAGCACAGUGACAUGGAAAAGGACAUGGAAGCAGGCGGUCCUUCAGUGUCCCCUGGACAGGUGCUGCCCUCCCCCUCCUCCACCUUAACCCAGACACAGGCUCCUCCCCCUCCAUACCCAGCACAGGCCCCUCCCCCACAGGGAUACCAACAGACUCCACCCUACGGUCAGAUGGUGCAGCCAGGUCAGAUGGUACAGACUGCACCACAGCCAAUGCAGGCUGUACCACAACAGGGUCCCAUGAUGCAGGUCGCACCCCAGAUUCAGAUGGUUCAAAUGCAACAGGGUCCCAUGAUGCACGCCACAUCCCAGCCAAUACAGAUGGUCCAACUCCCACAGGGCCAGCUUCUGAUUUGUUCUGGGGACCUUGGCGACGUGGCUACCAUGACAACGUGCCGUAACUGUGGACAGCGGGUCCAAACCAGAGUGGUGUAUCACAGCGGCGCCUUCACCUGGCUCAUAUGUGGACUCUGCGUUCUGUUUGGGUUGGUGUUUGGAUGUUGUGUCAUCCCCUUCUUCGUGGACAGCUGCAAAGAUGCCCAUCACUUUUGCACCAACUGCAAUGUCAACCUGUGUAUCCACAAGAGGAUGUAGCGUUGUAGGGUGUAGCACACACACACACACACACACACGGAAUCUUGUACACACUCACACUGUCACACACACACUCGCACACACA